CCACACAUCCCAAAGGUUUUACGAAUAUAAGCCAGUUUCACUAGAUUUAACAUUUUCUUUGAGAUUCUCAAAUGGAGAUGGAUUUGAAUGCUCAAGAGAAGAAAGCAGGGUUCUUUCAAAGGCUUAAGGACUUCCCUAGGAAGCUCAAAGACGGUGUCACCAAACGCGUAAAGAAUGUGAAAAAGUUUGGGAAAGAUGAUCCAAGACGGAUCAUUCACUCCAUGAAAGUUGGAGUUGCUCUCACAUUAGUAUCAUUGUUGUACUAUGUGCGACCACUCUACAUCAGCUUCGGGGUCACGGGUAUGUGGGCGAUACUUACCGUAGUCGUGGUCUUCGAAUUCACUGUUGGUGGAACACUUUCCAAAGGUUUAAACAGAGGUUUUGCAACAUUAAUAGCAGGAGCCUUAGGGGUUGGGGCAGUACACCUUGCUCGUUUCUUUGGGCAUCAAGGAGAGCCCAUAGUUCUUGCGAUCUUAGUGUUCUCACUAGGCGCAGCUGCAACAUUUUCGCGGUUUUUCCCAAGGAUUAAACAGAGAUAUGACUACGGUGCCUUGAUAUUCAUACUCACAUUUAGUUUGGUUGCCAUUUCGGGUUACCGUACAGAUGAAGUAUUGAUUAUGGCAUAUCAAAGGCUAUCGACUAUUCUUAUCGGUGGCACGAUCUGCAUCCUUGUGUCGAUUUUCAUUUGUCCUGUAUGGGCUGGCGAAGAUCUUCACAAGAUGAUUGCUAACAACAUAAGCAAACUUGCUAAAUACCUAGAAGGUUUCGAGGUGGAAUAUUUUCAACCGGAGAAGAUUUCAAAGGAGACAAACUCGUGUGUUCGAGAAUACAAGAGCAUUCUGACAUCAAAAAGCACUGAAGAUACUUUGGCGAAUCUUGCUAGAUGGGAACCAGGGCAUGGCCGUUUCAGGUUACGGCAUCCGUGGAAAAAGUACUUGAAAAUUGCAGGUCUCGUUCGCCAAUGUGCCUUCCAUUUCGAAAUCCUCAAUGGCUACGUUCUCUCUAACGAUAAGGCACCACAAGAAUUCGACAGUAAGAUUCAAGAGCCAAUCACGACUAUGAGCAGAGAAGUUGGUGAAGCGCUAAAAGCCAUAGCCAAAUCUAUCAAGACAAUGAGCAAAGACAGUGCUCAGACAGAGAAAGAUCUUUUGAAGAUCAUUCCCGGAGUCACAAUGGCAUCAAUCCUGAUCGAGGUCGUGAAUUGCGUCGAGAAGAUCUCCGAGGCUGUGGAAGAAUUCUCUGGUCUUGCACAUUUCAAAGAGACUUUGGAUCCAAAAUUAUCAGCGGAGAUAGGACAACAUCAGUUACUCCACAGGGGAAGUGUAAAGCCGGUUCUAGAUGGCGACAACGAGAAAGAAGACAAUAGCUCGUCGUCUCAUGUUCUUAUCACUGUCCAUGAUGAAGAACAGCCACCAACGGCCACUGCGAAGAACGUUUUGGGAGCAGAGAAGACGAGAGUAGAUGUUGUGUGAAUAUUGCCAAACUUUUAAAAACUCUUUCAAGAGAACUUGUUAUAACAUUAUUUAAUUAAUAUAUAAGAGACAUCCGCAUUCUACUUAGUUAUUGCCAAUUAAUAGAAUUACAAUCAACCA